CCGAUGGGAAAAAUGCUUUCUCUCUAUGGAAGGUGGCUGCUAGGGUUUCUCUGUCUUCUAGGGUUUCUAUGUGGCUCCUCGGCACUCUGGAUUCGGGGUGGUUGUUUCUGCCCUGCGUCGGCGUCUCAGGAUGGUGGAGGACUCUCUAUAUACAAGACAGUGAAUCUCCGUACAAACAACAACGUUAGAGCAGAAAAACAAAAACAAAAAAUUUAUCCCAACAGCCUCCUCGCCGAUGCGGCCUCUCCUCGUCCUCGUCCUACAAAGGUAAAUGGUUCAAAGAUAAAAUGUUCUUACCGUCCGGUUAACAUAGAUGCGCCCUCUGUGAAAGAGAUUGCGGAGUUCGCUGUGUUGGAAUUGAACAAGCAGAAGCACCAGAAGAACAAGUUGGUCUUGGAGAGCGUGAUCGCAGGCCAGAGUCAGUGCGUCGCCGGAAGAAAUUAUAAGCUCGUCAUUGCGGUUAGGGAAGAUGAGUCCUUGCCUACAACCCCCUCUCUGAAUUAUGAGGUUUUAGUCUUUAGGUCUUUGAAGAAUUUCAAGGAACUCAGAUCCUUCCAUCAGGUUAAUUAAGAAACCCAAUAUGUAAAGACAUCACAACUAGAACGAGGUCAUGUCUUUUU